CCCAAUCUUCCAUGGUGAUGAUAAUCGAGAUCUCACUACAUCUCGCCGACACAAACGUUAAGUAAUAUGGCGUUGAACGCCUGUAAGUGGUCGGGUUUACCGUCGUUACCUUAACUUUCGAGUUGUCGACAUCGCUUCUCUCACACCUUCGACCCUCAGUAGAGUCUCAGUUAUAAAUACAGCAGGAUGUCACUGAAGCCAAGGAAGGUUGACUUUAAUGCUACCUGGCAAAUCCUGUUGGAGACAGUACGUGGAGUGAUAACCUGUGGACAAGUUGCCAGGUCAAUAUGGAAUGAUCGGUUUUCUGAUGUCUAUGCUCUCUGUGUUGCUGUGCCUGAGUCUUACUCUGACCGUUUGUAUGAAGAAAUAAAAAAUUUUGCAGAAAAUCAUGUUGAAUGUCUUUAUAAGACUGUUCGAAAUGAUAGUAACAUAUUAUCAGCAUACCACAAACAUUGGCAAGAAUACAGUCAAGGAUCCAUAUAUUUGAACCAACUUUUUGGUUAUUUAAAUACAACUUACAUAAAGAAGCAAAAACUGUCUGAUGCUGAUCUGGCAUAUGGUUCUUUUAACUAUGAAGCCAGUGAUCAGAAACUUGAAAUUGGUGAGUUGUGUUUGGAUAUAUGGAAACGACACAUGAUUGAGCCAUUAAAAUUACAGUUAAUAUUGCUGAUAUUACAAGAAAUUCAAAAAGAUCGAAAUGGCGGGUAUGUUAACCAGGCUGUGCUACAUGGGGUCAUCAAUUCUUUUGUUAAUGUUGAAGAGUAUAAAAAGAAAGAACAGGUUCAGUUCUAUCGGAAGCUGUUUGAAACCCGUUUUCUUCAAGAAACUGGAGAAUAUUAUAAACAGGAAGCUGCUAAGUUAAAGGUUGAAUUCAAUUGUUCUGAAUAUAUGGAGAAGGUAAUUCAAAAGUUGGGGCAAGAGAAUCUUCGCAGUCGGAAAUUUCUUCAUCCUUCAUCUUAUGAGAAAGUUACACACGAGACUCAAGAAAGAAUGGUUGCUGAUCACAUUUAUUUCUUACAUGCAGCAUGUGAAGACAUGGUUCAAUCAGAACGACGAAAAGACUUGUCAAACAUGUAUGUAUUACUGAAACCUAUCCACAAUGGCUUGAAUUAUUUGAUUGAUCAAGUGGAAAGCUAUAUCAGAGAGACAGGAUUAAAUGCUGUGCAGGAUCUUAAAGGAGAUAAUGUUCCAUGCAUGUUUGUAGAAUCUAUGCUGGAAGUUCACAAAAAAUAUACAGAAUUGAUACAAAGUGUUUUCAAUAACGAUCAGAAAUUUAUCCAAGCACUGGAUAAGGCAUGUGCUGCUGCAAUAAACAAUAAAUUUAAAGGUGAAUGUAAGUCUCCAGAAUUGCUUGCCAAAUACAAUGACAACCUUUUGAAGAAAAGCUCGAAAGGAAUUUCUGAAAGUGAAUUAGAUGAGAAACUUGACAACUGUAUAACUGUUUUCAAAUAUUUAGAAGACAAAGAUAUAUAUCAAAGGUUUUAUUCCAGAAUGUUAGCCAAACGACUCAUUUACAAUGCAUCCACCUCUAUGGAUGCUGAAGAAUCUAUGAUUAAUAAAUUAAAGCAAGCCUGUGGUUAUGAGUUCACUAACAAACUACAUCAGAUGUUUACUGACAUGACAAUUAGUAAAGAUUUAGACAAAAAAUUUGAAGAUUACUAUAAGAACAAAGAUAUUGAUAUUGGAAUUGGAUUUUCAAUAUUGGUUCUUCAGGCUGGUGCAUGGCCCAUUCGGCAAAGUGGCUUCCCAACGUUUGCUAUUCCUCAAGAAUUAGAAAAAAGUGUUAGAAUGUUUGAAAUGUUUUACAAUAAAAACUUCAGUGGUCGGAAGUUAACAUGGAUGCAUUACUCUUGCCUAGCUGAUGUUCGAUUUAAUUACCUGAAGAAAACCUACACUGUAACGAUGGGGACCUACCACAUGGCAAUAUUAUUACUUUUUAACAAUGCUGAAUCCUUGACAUUUCGAGAGCUGAUGGACUCUAGUCAGUUACCAGAAAAGGAACUAAGUAAACAACUUCAGGUGCUAGUAGAAAGCAAAAUUAUCAUUACAGAGAAUGAAAUAAAUGAGAACAGUACACUUCAUCUCAACAAAAAUUAUUCCAACAAAAGAUUGAGGUUUAGAAUUUCUAUGAUGCAAAAGUUAACACCUCAGGAAGUUGCUCAUACUCACACAUCAGUCGACAAUGACAGGAAGAUGUAUUUACAAGCGGCAAUUGUACGUAUAAUGAAAGCAAGGAAAGUCAGCAGGCAUAACCUACUAAUUGAUGAGGUAAUCAAGCAGUCCAAAUCUCGAUUCACACCUAGUGUUAGUCUCAUCAAGAAAUGUGUAGAAACAUUAAUUGAUAGACAGUAUCUGGAACGAUCUCCAAACCAAGCAGAUGAAUAUGUCUACGUUGCAUGAUAACAAUGUUACCAUAGAACACAACUCCUGUUAGUAUGACUACAACCAGCUGCCAACAUUAAAAGUUUCUGUGACUUAACCUUGUUGUUCAUUUGGGAACAGGGUCUCUUUAACUAAGGUUGUCUUUCAUGGUGAAGCAAGAUUUACCAAACAUAAGCCUUGCUCUUCUAACAAUAUAUAUAUAUAUAUAUUGUAUUCCUAGUUUAUCAAGUGACUUGAAGAUUUGGGAAUGCAGUGUGAUAAAAAGGAGAAAAAAGGGAUAGAUCUGCAAUAAAAACAAAGAAAAUAAUUUCUCAUUUAAUUUGUAGUCUUUCCUAUUUGUUUCUUGUGUCUCUUGUUACUUUCUGUGGCUAUUUUGUCUACAUGUAACCCAAAUCCUUUUAAAGUUUGUUCAAAAAUUGUCUCAAUGUAUAUCCUCUCUCUCUCUCUCUCUCUCUCUCCCCCCCUCUCUCUCAUAUAUUCAAUAAUACUUAGCAGAAAAUCGUUCCAGAAUAGCACAAUAACAAAAAAAAGGUCCUACGAUUUUGGCCAUUUAAUAUUAUGUUUAUCUUUGAAUAAAUAAAAGGAAUUGUGAGCAUAUUUAAAAUAUAAAUACUUUUAAGGAAUGAAAAAGACAAAAUUUCAGUUAGACACAGCUCUAUAUUUGUCUAAAAUAUAUUUCCAUUGAACAAACUUUUGUAAGAUAUCUCUGUCUAUUUAAAAAUUUUCUUUUGAUCUGGCAACCGAUAAGAAGCUACUGUUCUAUUUUCUUUGUAAAUUUAACUUUCAACAUUAAUAACAAUGAGGAUUACUCAAUGUUUUGAAAUGAAGUUUUUGCUACAUUUUAAGUAGUAUGAAUUUACUAAUUAGGAAAUGGAGGUUCUCUUUAAUUAAAGUUGUCUCUCACGGUGAAGCAAGAUUUACCAAACAACAUAAAUCUAACUCUCCAGACUCAAAGAUUUCAGAAUAUACUGUGAUAAAAAGGUAUAAAACAAGAAAAUUAUUCCUUAUUUAACAUAAUGUCUUUCCUAUUUGAUUUUUGUAUCUCUUGUUACUUUCUAUACCAAUCAAACAUAAUUUGACUACAUGUAAUAUAAUCCUUUUUAAAGAUUGUUCCAAAACGUUGGCUUCUUGUUCUUUAUAGAUUUCAAACUGAGUUGUUGUUGUUGGUAUAUAGCUUCCAUGUUUGGAUUGGUGCUUCUUUAAUACUUCAUACUGAACAAAAUCCAAAUGUGCCAAUUAACUCAAGCCGCAACCUUAAUCUCACUAUCAAAAUAUUUCUUUAUUAGUUUUAUCAGUAUUAUUCAGCUUAAUGCUAGGAUAACCUGGAGCUAAGUACGUUUUUUUUAAUUCCUGUGGUUAAUGACAGCAUUUAUUCUUAUACCAUUUUGUAUAUUAUUUCCCAGCUAUUUCCUCCUAUGUCCUUUGUUGUUACUAUUAUGCAAUUCAUGAUUUUUCAUGGUUAUAAACUGGUUUUAAUUUGCAUUUAUAUAAUUCCUUUCUUUAGAAAUUUGAAGCGCUGGUUAAUAUAUUUUAUCCUUUAAGGUAGCUUGAAGGUCUAAUAAUUGUGUGUUCAUUUUAUUUUUCAUAUAAACUGUGUAUUUAUUCUGCUAAGUAGGGAUGGAUGUCAAUAAAGUUCACAAAGUCGAGUUAGUUUUUGUGCCGUGAGAUGUGAAUUCUAAUGUUUUUUGGUAGAUCCUUUCAACAGAGAAGAAAUAUUGACAAGUGUGUUGGGUGGCUUGUUUUUCUUUUAUGUGACUCUCACAAGUUUUGAUUGCCCGAAUAAGAUUCCUGUAGAAUAUUAUACUCAUAGAAUCUCAAUGAUUUUAUGAAAAGUGUAACAGUUUUCUAGCAAAAAAGAGCAUUUGUUAAUGAAAUUGGAUGUUUGGUACAAAUGUACUCUGGUAAGUAUAGCUGUUCAUAGAAUGGUAACAAAAGAAUAAAGCUCAAACCCAUUAGUAGGCUAUCUAUGAUUGGAAAAUAUCAUUUAAAGGCUGUAAACAUUCAAAUUGUGUUAUUUUACUAUUGGGCUUUCUGAAAACUUCUUUUUUGCUAUAAAUGUUCUUGCUACACUGGUAAUGUAGUUGAUUAGCUGGUUACAUCAACAGACUUUGAUUUGCCACUCUUAAGAAGCUACCUUCACUUCAUUUCAAUAAGUUAAAUUUUAUUGUAUCACAACUCAUUCUCUCUCUCUCUCUCUUUCUCUCUCUCUCUCUCACUCCCUCUCUCUCUCAGACUAAAUGCCUUGCAUUUACUUAAUCUCUGAACAAAAGUAACAGUGAUAUACUGGAGAUGAUUAAAUGAAAUUUUUGGCCUUCUGUCUGAUAAAAAAAAAAAUUAAUAUGUAAAAUGUUAAAUCACUACUGUUACUUCCCUUCCUUAUAAAAAUUGGAAAAGCUCUCGGUCUCUCAAUGUUAAUGUUUGACUUGGAGUUAGAUCUGGGCUAUUAAGAAGAUAAUCAUUUAUUCAAUUUUCAAUGAAGAUUAAAUGUGUGUACUGAAACAUUGUCAUGAAAAUAAACAAAACAAGGAACAUUUUUCAACAA